UGCAAGAUCUAAUACCUAGAAAAUGCUUUCGAUUUCAAAGAAGCAAAUGAACAAACAGUGAGCUAGAGAGAGAGAGAGAGAGAGAGAGAGAUGGCGAGCUUAAGUAGUAAGCCUAGAAACUUCGGUGCGUACAGUCACUACUACGCCACUCCCUGCACCCGCACUCACCAGAUCGGAGCUCUGUUUCUCGUCGUCUCCACCUUCUUCCUCACCAGGCUUUUCGACCAAUGCUACUCCGUUACUCCGGCGAUCGAUCUCCACCGCACUUAUUCCUCGGCCGUCACGAGCGAUGACGGGGUUCUACGGUGGCCGGAGCGAGGGUACGGAUCCCACCUCUCGCUGAAGAUGUACGUGUACGACGAGAACGAGAUCGACGGACUGAAAGAGCUUAUGUACGGAAGGGACGGUAGCGUCAAAACCGCCGCGUGCUUGAAAGGCCAGUGGGGAUCUCAGGUUAAGAUACACAAGUUGCUUAUGGAGUCAAAGUUUAGAACGAGUAAGAAAGAAGAGGCGGAUCUGUUCUUUGUGCCAGCUUAUGUUAAAUGUGUGAGAAUGUUGGGAGGUCUUAGUGACAAGGAGAUCAAUCAGACCUAUGUCAAGGUUUUGAGUCGAAUGCCGUAUUUUCGAAGAUCCGGUGGUCGUGAUCAUAUAUUUGUUUUUCCAAGUGGUGCUGGAGCUCACUUGUUUAGAUCCUGGUCAACAUUUAUCAACCGUUCUAUUAUCCUCACUCCCGAGGGGGACAGGACUGACAAGAAAGACACUACUGCUUUCAAUACAUGGAAAGAUAUAAUCAUACCGGGAAACGUUGAUGAUGCCAUGACUAGAAAUGGACGACCUGAUGUUCUUCCUUUGCCUUUGUCGAAGAGGAAGUAUUUAGCUAAUUAUUUGGGUCGUGCGCAAGGGAAAGCUGGUAGACUUAAAUUGAUAGAUCUCUCAAAGCAGUAUCCAGAUAAGUUGGAAUGUCCAGACUUGAAGUUCAGCGGAACUGAAAAGUUUGGAAGAACAACAUAUUUUGAACAUCUGAGAAACGCCAAGUUCUGCCUCGCUCCUCGUGGGGAAUCAUCAUGGACUCUUCGCUUUUAUGAAUCAUUCUUUGUGGAAUGUGUCCCAGUUCUCUUAUCUGACCACGCCGAGCUACCUUUCCAGAAUGUCAUCGACUACGCUCAAGUAUCCAUCAAAUGGCCAUCAUCUCGAAUAGGAGCAGAGCUUCUUGAUUACUUAGCUUCAGUACCCGAUAGAGACAUAGAAGGAAUGAUAGCCCGUGGUAGGAAGAUUAGAUGUUUGUUUGUGUACGGUCCAGAUUCUGCACCAUGCAGUGCGGUUAAAGGGAUUCUAUGGGAGCUUCAACGCAAAGUGAGACAUUUCCAGCAAUCGACCGAGACGUUUUGGCUGCACAAUGGUAGUUUUGUGAAUAGAGAACUGGUCCACUUCAGUAGCUGGAGACCUCCUAUGCCUCUGCCUUGAGGUUUCAACAUCCCACAAGAAUCUCUUGUUUCCACGAUGAUGAAGUUGAGUUUUUUCUUGUAUGAUCUUUUACACAUACAUAUAGCUUAAAUAGUUUUUGUGACAUAAUUGUUUUGUACAUACCAGGACAAAAAAAUAGUGACUGUACAAGAUCUUAUUUGACUAAAACUCAAAUAGUUCUUUUUCCGAUA